ACCUUUAUGUAAGAUCAAGCUACUCGCACAAACUCCGAUUCCCUCCCAGAUUCCUUCCUCCAACAUCCGCAGUGAACCCAACCCGCCUGCGAGGGCAUCUCAACAUCCCGUCGAGAAGAGAAGACAUUCCACCAUGCCUUCGAAACUCAAUAACAUGAAUCAACGCUUUUGUCGCGGCCUCCAUUGAGGUUCGACCGAGUAUCCAUCCUUGGUAAAGGAUUUUACUAGUCGCAACAGAGGAUGGCCUGCGUCGGAUCAGUCACUACAAUAGACUUUCUGUCCGGAGAGGGAACAGAGACGAAUAUGGCGGAGGCUACGCAGACGACUGUUUCUAGGAGAUCGACAAGGCUUUUCGUGAAGGAUCAGGACAGUGCUGAAGUUGGAACAGCUGGGAUAGCGUACGAGUCGCGAUAUGGCUCGAGUAGUGAUGAGAAGGAGAAGGAGAAGGAGAAGGAAAGGCCUGCCAGGGAGACAGGGCCUCCUUCAGGCAAUGUUGAUGCUCGACUGGUCCCAAUAGUAGAUCUCGGGAUCGAUCUAUCCGGGAUGUUUCCCACAACUGCGGAAGACAUGGGCAAACAGGUCACGAAAAGCAUCCAAGCAGCAAAGGCAUCAAACAAGUCAAAGGUUGAUGGCCGGCCCGUCAACUUUGGCAUCGUUCUCCCUGAUAUGAUUUAUCGCAGCAGCUUCCCCAUGACGGAAGACUUCCAGUACCUCGGGACUCUUGGCUUGAAGACCAUAGUCUCCCUCGUUGAUAAGGACUUCCCCGCCGACUUCAAAGCUUUCAUGAAAGCCAAUGGAAUACGUCAUUGUGUCAUUGAAAUGCAAGGAACAAAGAAAGUCCAGAUCCCAGAUGCAGUCAUGAACUCUAUCAUGGAUGUUGUCCUCAACAAGGAAAACCAUCCAUUACUUAUUCAUUGCAAUCAUGGCAAGCAUCGCACUGGUUGUGCAGCAGCUGUCAUACGCCAUAUUGCUGGCUGGAAUGUUGAUCAAAUCGUGCAAGAGUACCAAGGCUUCGCAGAGCCCAAAAUUCGUGAAUGCGACAUCAAGUAUAUCACCGAAUAUAAGGUUUCAAAGCUGGUAGAUUUCUUCAGCAGGAAGAUAAGAACAAGACGCAGCUCUGUCCUUACCAGUUCCAGGAUGCAGAAGCUGCUCGUGGCUAGUGCUGCAGCUGUCGCAGUUUGGAUUGCCACGGGAUUACUUUGGGGAGAGAGGGUACUAUAACAGGGUUUUUUAAUAGGUCAUCGGCAUGAGCCAAAGCUCUGGUGUUUUGGAGUUGGGUAGAACGUGAUCGGUAAUGCAGAGCGCAAAGGCCAGACACGGAUAGGGAGUUUACGGAACCUGCAUGUUGCAUUGGCAAGCAAAUGCGUCUCUUAGAGACAGACAAGAUAAUCGUGUGGUUUAUAUUGUACAGGUAGUCUUUGUCCACAUUACUCUCUGUGGACCUAUAUUUUUGCCUCUAUAUGUUGUACAACGAUAU